GACACGGGCCCUGCCCCCGGUGCUCGCCGCGGCCCCGCCCCACCCCGCGGGCGGGCACUGCGGCGGAGUCGCGGCGCAGUCGCGGCGCCGCCAUCGCGGGCAGAUGCAGGCGAUCAAGUGUGUGGUGGUGGGCGACGGGGCUGUAGGGAAGACCUGCUUGCUGAUCAGUUACACCACAAAUGCCUUUCCUGGAGAAUACAUUCCCACUGUGUUUGAUAAUUAUUCUGCCAAUGUAAUGGUAGAUGGAAAGCCAGUGAACCUGGGCCUCUGGGAUACAGCAGGGCAAGAAGACUAUGACCGACUGCGGCCUCUUUCCUAUCCACAGACGGAUGUUUUCUUGAUCUGCUUCUCCCUUGUGAGUCCAGCCUCCUUUGAGAAUGUCCGAGCUAAGUGGUACCCUGAGGUUCGACACCAUUGCCCAAAUACACCUAUUAUCCUGGUGGGCACCAAGCUGGACUUAAGGGAUGAUAAGGACACCAUUGAAAGGUUACGUGAUAAGAAACUGGCCCCCAUCACCUACCCCCAAGGCUUGGCCAUGGCUCGGGAGAUUGUUUGCCACCAUUGCUGCCCAGUCCUAGCUUUGUCUCUGUCAUCUUACAAAAGGCUGCUUCCAGUGGAAGGGGAAGAAGAUUUCCAACAGAAGAGUUCAGAAGCAGUGCUUGAAGACAAAAUCACCUCAAGAGCUCAUGAAGUUUCAGUUUUCUGUUACAGGACUUUAAAACCAAGAACCUAACAAGUGCUUUAAAAAAAAAAAAUAUGGAUACAAGGAAUCUCCAGAACUAUUAAUGACAAAUAAUUAAACCAGAGGAUAUCUCAAUUCUAGUUAGCAGAAGAUCUAAUAAAGAGGUAGAACCUACUAUGCCACAAAUCCUCCUCUGUUUUCUAUGGGAGGCACACCUGUAACACUGACAGCCCAUUAUGGAACAGCCAGUGUGCUAGCUGGGCUUUGAUCCAGCUCCCUGUAGCUUUCCUAUUUCCAUACCUCAUGUGUACCUUAGUACACACGAUAGAAAGGAGAAAUACAAGAAUGAGCUGCAGGACUGUAGUAAGUAGGAGUCAGCUUGUUUACUCCUCAGUAGAGCUACCUAAAAUCAUGCAGAGGACAAUAUACUGAGGUAAACACUGAAAGGUUGCAGGGAACACGGUAUAUUUGAGGAGGCUGACCCCUGUGUUAAGUGGCAUACUUGAAUACCCUACAGGCAUUUGCCAGGAAGUUAAAUAAUUAGGCGAACCUCACAGUACAGCUGAGUGCAGCCAUUUAGAAACCUGAAACUUCUGCUAGGUCCACAAUCAAGUCAAUAAUCACAGCUCCAGAUCAUACAAUGGCAUUCUAUUAUUCUUCCCUUAAUUUGGCCUCAAACUCUAGCACUAAACCAGCAAGUCUUUUUUAUAAGAGUAAACAGUGAUUUUGCAAAGGUAUAUAUUUUUUAAGGUAUUCUACAGAUCAGGUAGGGUUUGCACAUGGCCAGAGUCUGGGCUAACAAAAAAGUGAACAUAUGGAGCCCUACUCCUUCCACUUUAAAAACUAAGUUUACUUUCUUUAAAAAGCAGCAGAUGAUACUGCUAGAGCACUGUACUUCUGCUUGUGAGUGUGCAAUCUCCUUGUAGUGACUGCAUGAGCUACUUGUUGAAAUAUUAAGGAGGAAAAACAAAUACUAAUCUUGACUUUAUGGUAAUUAAAAGAUUAUCUGAAGAAGCUGGAGUAACCAUGUUAAUACAAUUAAAGGUCCUCAAAUGAUAC